GCUCCCGGAUCAGACUCAAACACAGCAGUGGUAUGGCAGCCAGGAAACAGACAGCCAUCUUAUAAUCCGCAGCCAGUUUGUGAUAUUUGCAGCUUAAACGGCCUUUUUCCAUCUUUUAAUGAUGGGCCAGUGUGGAAUUACGUCGUCUAAAACCGUUCUGGUGUUCCUGAACCUGAUAUUUUGGGCCGCUGCUGGCAUUCUCUGCUAUGUUGGAGCCUACGUGUUCAUCACGUAUGAUGACUAUGACCAUUUCUUUGAGGAUGUGUACACCCUGAUCCCAGCCGUUGUCAUUAUCGCAGUCGGAGCGCUGUUGUUCAUUAUUGGACUCAUUGGAUGCUGUGCCACUAUUCGAGAGAGCCGCUGCGGUCUUUCCACGUUUGUUGUCAUUCUUAUGCUGGUGUUUGUGACUGAGGUGGUUGUGGUGGUUCUUGGCUAUAUUUACAGAGCAAAGGUGGAAGACGAGGUCAAUCAUUCCAUCCAGAAAGUGUAUGAUGAAUACAACGGCACCAACACGGAUGCUCCCAGCCGCGCUAUUGACUAUGUGCAGAGACAGCUCCAUUGCUGUGGCAUCACCAACUACUCAGACUGGAAGAACACGCGCUGGUUUAAGGAGUCUAGGAACAACAGUGUGCCACUGAGCUGCUGCAAACCCAACGUGAACAACUGCACUGGCUCCCUCUCCCGUCCCGGGGACCUCUACCCUGAGGGAUGUGAAGCCCUGGUUGUGAAGAAACUGAAAGAGAUUAUGAUGUACGUCAUCUGGGCUGCUCUGACGUUUGCUGCGAUUCAGAUGCUGGGAAUGCUGUGCGCUUGUGUGGUGCUGUGUCGCAGAAGCCGAGACCCGGCCUACGAGCUUCUCAUCACCGGAGGGACGUAUGCAUGAAAAAACCUAGCAGACAGACUCUCUCUUUUCAUGCACACACAAACACACACACACACUGGGCUCAGGGUUCUGUCGGUGUGAGGUGGCACACUGGAUAUGCCCUAAUUUAUCUCUCUUUCUACACACCUUACACAGGGUUUGCUCACACAUUGCACUGGUGAUGGGUGAAACAAAGCGCAUACUAUUUAUUUAUACAGUACACAUCACUGAAAAUGACUGCGUUUUAAUUUAAACCUUUGUUUUUUCUCUCAAAGGCGUCGGGCCAGACUGCAAAAUGGCAGAUAGCCAGUUUUUAAUCCCGUUGAGAAGACUUUAACACAAUAAAAGUUAACAUUUUCUCUUCCUUGUCUCUAUUAUAUGGAGUGGAAGAUGCAGAUAUUGUAUGGAAUAAUAUGUGGAAUGUAUGCUUUCCUCAUUUGUUAGUUUGCACUAUGUGUACGGUUUAGUUAUAUAUUACAAAUACCAAGAUGGGAAAUGGUUGGGAUUUGGAAAUGCUUUGAUUGGAGAGGAUCGUCUCGUAGUGCCGCUGUCUCAGAUGUCACCCAUCACCAGUCCGCUGCUCAGGGACAGUGGCAGUGCGAGAGACGGAUCUAGAUUGACCACACAAGAUUGCUUGGCAUUGUGGGUCCAAUCGUACAGCUACAUGUUCAAAAUGGGGUUCACAUGUAAAGUGUAAAGAGGUGUGGGGGAUACUCUAGAAUAGACGCACUACAAACCAUUUACUGAACUCUUAUCAUCUUUUCCUCCUUUUUCCAUUGCUUACAGUGUGACCAUUACUAGUCUAGUAACAUAUAGAGUUUAAAGUUAGUUUGGAUAACAUGUAGGUAUGUCAAACAGGGUCAACAGUGUAUUAUCAGUGUAUUAUUUUAAAGGAAUGUACAUAGGGAGAAAAAAUGGUGAAAUAAGCUUGUAAUUUCGAUCUUAAAAUAAAUGUUUCAUAAGUUGA